AUGGGGAAGCCUCCCGGAAAGAUGGAGAUUGAGGCAAUGAUACAAGCUGCAGUAGAGCAGACCAAUACGGGGGGAAACUUAGAUUCAAGGAUUUUUGCCGACAUCAACCUGCGUGGGCCCAUCAAGGAAGCGAUGGUGCUAGGAGAUUUCCGAACAUUCCCUCAACUGUUUGAACGAGCUGCCCGCAUGCAGAGGAGUAUAAAAGACGGGUCUAUCACUUUCCUCAGGAAAAGUUCUAAUGGGGGAGAAGGCAGGCCGAAGAAUACCCUAAGAACCCAGCAGCCAACUCAAGAGGUUACCAUCACUCCGGAUCAAAUUAAUGCGGUUCAAGCACAGCAGAAUGCACAGAGACAACAGAGCACCCGGAAUCAGCAAGCCAUCCAGGGGGCCUGGAAAGCCAUUUCUCUACCCAGAGAUAAACCACUCCCCUGGCCUCCCGGUCUCGACUAUUUUAAAAUCUGUCCAUUUCGCCGAUACGCGGGCCAUACCAUCGAAGAGUGUCACACUUUGCGUGAUGUCAUCUAUGACAUGAAUGAUUAA